UUCUCUUGCACUCUGCCUCCAGACCCAUCAGAGCCUGCGCCCUGCUCCAGAAAGAGGAAAGGGGAUAGAGAGAGAGAGCAAAGGAUACUUGUAUAGGGGAAGCACCAUGGCUGAGUCUACUAACAUGAGGCUACGGCUGCCGCUGUUAUGCAUCAUCUUGGAAGUCAUCCUCAUCAUCCUCUUUGGAACGCUGGUGGAAUAUAACGAUGACACUCAUGCCAUGCUGUGGAAUGAAAACAGAACCGAUAGUGCUACUAGAAAUGAUCAUGAAAAUGAGUUCUACUAUCGUUAUCCCAGUUUCCAGGAUGUUCAUGUCAUGAUCUUUGUGGGCUUCGGGUUCCUGAUGACAUUUCUGCAACGUUAUGGAUUCAGUAGCGUCGGAUUUAACUUCCUCAUCGCAGCCUUUUCCCUACAGUGGGCCACACUUAUGCAGGGCUUUUUCCACGGCUUGCACCAUGGCAAAAUCCAUGUUGGCGUGACUAGCAUGAUAAAUGCAGACUUCUGCACUGGUUCCGUGCUGAUCUCUUUUGGCGCCGUUUUGGGGAAGACCAGUCCUGUGCAACUACUUGUUAUGGCCAUUUUUGAGGUGACAUUGUUCGCUGUCAAUGAGUUCAUCCUGCUUUCCAUCCUUGGGAUCAAUGAUGCUGGAGGAUCCAUGACCAUUCAUACAUUUGGUGCAUACUUUGGCCUAAUGGUGACCCGUGUGCUGUACCGGCCAAACCUGGACAAGAGCAAACACAGAAACUCGUCUGUCUACCACUCUGACCUCUUUGCCAUGAUCGGUACCAUCUAUCUGUGGAUGUUCUGGCCCAGCUUCAACUCAGCCAUUACAAACUACGGUGACCCACAGCACAGAACCGCCAUGAACACUUACUACUCUCUGGCUGCCUGCACACUGGCUACAUUCGCUUUCUCCGCCCUAGUCAACCCCGAAGGCAAACUGGACAUGGUGCACAUCCAGAAUGCCGCACUGGCUGGUGGUGUUGCUGUGGGAACAGCUGGAGAGAUGAUGCUGACUGCGUUUGGCGCUAUGAUCGUUGGAUUCCUCGCUGGAACUAUUUCAGUUCUGGGAUACAAAUACCUCACGCCGGUUUUGGAAUCGAAACUGAAGAUUCAGGACACUUGUGGCAUUCAUAACCUGCAUGGAAUGCCAGGGGUUCUGGGAGCUGUAGUGGGUGCGGUCACCGCUGCCCUGGCAUCCCCAGACGUUUAUGGACAUGGAUUGCAAAGAGUUUUCGCUGAUGUUGAAACUGGGAAAUGGAACCCUCAAUCUAGGGGUGGAUUUCAGGCUAUUUCUCUGGCCGUCACACUAGGAAUGGCUCUGUUUGGUGGUCUCAUUACAGGGUUCAUUCUGAAGCUGCCCAUUUACGGUGCUCCUCCAGAUACUCACUGCUUUGAGGAUGGACUCUACUGGGAGGUACCAGGGGAGGAGGAAGGCCAUCAAGAGCUUUACGAAGUGGCCACAUCAAACGAAGUGGAAAAACUCAGCAGCUAAAUUGUCUGCGUUCACCUGUUUGUAUUUGUUCAUUACUACAUAACCUUGCACAAGUCCUGUCACCUGUGACGUUCACUGCAGGUGCCAUUUUUUUACUUACACUCUUAAAAUAAAAUGGUAAACUUUGUUCCAAUAUUGUUAAUAUCAGAAUAUGUUAUUAUAUAAAACUAUUAGCCCAGUUUACCUGAGGAACAA